UGUGUGUGUGUGUGUGUGAGAGAGAGAGAGAGAGAGACUUCAAACCACAAUAAUGGAGUCACUGAAGUCGAUAGCUCGACAGAAGCCUUUAUGCUAAUGACACGCUCAAACACACAUAGCCUACGACGGACAAGCAUAAAACAUCACAGGCUUCCCAUUGACAAAUUGGAAAUAUCUCAGGAAAGCCUUCCAUGGAUGCCUAAAUUGCGGUUCAGAUUGCUAUUUGCGAAUGGGGGACACAGCACCCAAAUAGGGCAGCACAACGGCACGUCUCGGUAUUCUUUUGGAUGAAAGGUAAACACUACAUUGACGAGCCUAAUUAGAAAAAGGUGACGUGGAAAAGACAUUUGUUCCUUUAUUCGGUACCUGAUGUUCGCUAUCUUUGUAGACUAACAUUUUGCAAAGCUAUUCUUUUAUAUCAUCUGUAGUGGCAAAUUAGCGUGGGCUUUUACGCAUCGACGUGAAAUUAGGCUACUGUGCGACUACAUUUUUCCCUUCGUAAUUCAGCAUAGCCUAGGUUUUAAAUUAUUGAAGCUAUAGACCAAUUCUUACACUAUAUGGAUAAUAUAUAUAGUCUAGUAGUAGUAGUAGUAGUAGCAAUAAUAGUGGCAGCAACCUCCAACAAUUUGCUAUUAAAUGCAUUGAUUUCUAAAUCAGCACUUGAAGACCAAAAGCCAUUGAAAGUACACAAGGGAGAACCUGUCAAGAUAAGAUAGGAAAACACGGGCGAGUCUGUGUAGGACUAAUAAGAAAACGAAAAAAUGCUGCCUUCGCAAGAAGCAUCUAAGAUAUACCAUGAGAAUUAUAUGAGGAAUUCCAGAACAAUCGGGGUUUUAUGGGCGAUAUUUACAAUAUGCCUCGCUAUCAUCAACGUGGUGGUCUUCGCUCAACCCUACUGGAUUGGCGACAGCUUGAGCACGCCACAAGCAGGCCACUUCGGCUUAUUUCAUUACUGUAUUGGGGCUGGCCCCCCGAGCAAGGAGAUGACCUGUCAGGGUAGUAUCUCGGACUUCAGCGCCAUCCCCUCCAGCGCCUUCAAAGCGGCGUCCUUCUUCGUGCUGCUGUCCAUGGUUCUCAUCCUCAGCUGCAUCGCCUGCAUGGCGCUCUUCUUCUUCUGCAAUAUCGCCACUGUCUACAAGACGUGUGCUUGGAUGCAGCUUCUCUGUGCUGUGUGCUUGGUGUUUGGCUGCAUCAUAUUCCCUGAUGGCUGGGACGCUGAGGUGGUGAGAGACUUGUGCGGGGAGGAGACAGGGAAGUACACCCUGGGAAGGUGUUCCGUGCGCUGGGCCUACAUCCUGGCUAUCAUUGGCAUUCUGGAUGCUCUCAUCCUCUCUUUCCUGGCCUUUGUGUUGGGAAACCGACAGAGUGACUUCUUCUUCGAGGAAGUCAGAACUGAAAACAAAGACAUGGCUGUGUCUAGGAUUGAGGUACAGGACAGAAGAAAUCCUCGGUUUACUGGGCCGAGAUACUGAAGGGUUCCCCAGAGGCAACACUUCCAUGUCCUCCUACGGUUCCACCUAAAAUCCAGCCUGUGGUUUAAUGAGGAGGCUAUAUGUACCACAAUCUGUUUGUACAUUGAAUUUGCUAUAUUUUUUAAAGGAUGUCAGUCUUGCGCAUUGUAAAUGUCAUCAAUUUUGAAACUGAUUGGAUAACUGUAUGUACUGUAUAUAUUUAUGGAGUAUGACAACUCACUGAAGCUUUGUAAACUCAAGACCUCUGGGAAAGUCUCCUCAUCCCUAGUUAAUGUUUCCAUGCUUCCAAACUGUGACAAGCACUGAUGCAUUCUAACUUCUCUCAAGUUCUCAACACAUGUUUAUGUUGUGCAUAUUGGACAGAAACAUUUUCUACAUGUAGACUACUUUUUGUAUCUCUUUUGAAAUGUCAGAUUCCACCAUUGGAUGAGAUUUUGAGGAACUUUUGACAAGAACUGUCCUUUUCAUUGAGUGUUGUUAAACUGCUCAUUGGCUUUCAGCUGUGUGUUGGGGAGUAGUUGACAUUGCAUGUGCUGUAUUAUUCAUAAUAUAGCCUAACUUCAGGCCAUUUGGUGUCAGGCUAAGUUUAGUUUCAAUGUCACUUUUUGCCAGAUGUUCUCCAAAUGAAAGUCACAAGUAUAUUUCAAAGCAGUAGUCAAAUGACUAGUAAUUAUUUGGUCUUACCAGAGAGUUCAACUCACUAUACUGUACCUUGAAGGAGCUAUUGUCUUGAGCUAAGGAAAGUGUCUGAGUUACAUCAGGUGAAGCAGUGACUGCAUUUAAUUCAGUGAAGUCAGUCACACAGGGCCAAAUGUGAUUUUGGCACUUUGUAAUGAGGGUACACAGUCUGUGGAAACUGUGCUAUGAGGAUCAAUUGGGAAAACGCUGACUUUCCACCUGAAACCUGAUCAUGCCUAUCACCUUUGCUGCUUUCAUCUACACCAUUUCUUCUAACUCCACUUUUACAAGGUGUCAGAUUUGAUUUGGAUGCUCAACACUCUUAUUGAUUUCUACAUGUAAACCUAAUUGCUACAUUGUUGUCUGCAGCUGUAUAUUCUAAUAUGUGUCUAGUAUAUCUCUGUUGAUAUUCAGACAUACUGUAUAUUGUAAUAUACAUCCGAAUAUCACAUAUUCGGUGUGGCUCCACAUUACAAAUAGUAAGUAUAUCUGUCCAGAAUAUCUGGUGGAAGUCACAGUUUUGUCAUCAUCAUUACACAGAGCUCAUCAAGUAGAACAGUUCAGUGUUCUGUUACACCCAAGAGCAGUCGGACUCUCUCCGAUUAGAUAGCCUCUGUAACGUGACUAAUGAGAAGUCGCAGUAGAGGUCAUCCAACGUGAGUAGAGGUCAUCCAAAACCUAGCAUCUAACUAACAGUAGUUACAGCAAGCAUACAGAGAUUCAAACACAAACCUAAUUGUGUAACGUUAUGGCUCUGUCCAAUUUAGAUUCAAACACUAACCUAAUUGUGUAUGGCUCUGUCCAAUUUUAUAUUAGCCAGAUGAGGUGAUCUGCUGUGUUGCUGAUAUGGUGAUGUGGUCUGAAACGAGGCACGCCCUUUAUGCUGCAUUUUAACUCAGGCUUUGGGGACUGACCUUUGUAGCAUUCAUCUGAGGGUCCAGGGCAACUGGGCCCUCGCUGAAUGACCUUUGAGGUAGCUGUGACCUUCUGUCCCAGAGACCCACUCACACUGUGCUUGGUUGAUGCACUGUGGGCCUCGUCCUCCAUCUCAGGCUGGUGAUGUCUCAUCUAGAUUGCGGAAACAAUAUCACAAAAGUGUGAGGUUUAUUUAGGUCUUCUGUCUUGUUAGGAGUUAUUAUGUACGGUUAGCAUCAGAGUGUGUUCAAAAUCAGCCCUCUGAUUCCCCAUUGGCUUUGGAAGGAAUCUUUUAAACAUUCUAUUUAAGUAUUUCCCUUAUUAUUUGAUUUUAUAUUCAUAAUAUGUAGUGUAUGUUUAAAGAAAAUGGUCACCAUACACCAUUCGCCAUACCUUAUAUAUGUGUGUUACCAUUAGCAUUCAUUUUGUUGGUGUAUGAUUGUAUUGUGAUGAAUUAAAGUUUACAAACAAGUAGAAUUAGAGGAUUUUUUAGAAGUAUUGGUUUGGUUCAAAAUAGUUUGGAUGUUGUGAUGAAUAUCACUCUCUUACCAAACAGGAUGGUUUUACAAAAUUAAUUACUGUAUACACACACUCAAAGUGCCCGGUGUUACUCAACGGAUGAGGUACCAAGAUGAUGACACCCUCCAAUUUAGCCAAAUAUGUUAUAUAUCAGUAUGGCCGUUUUUUGAAAAGGAACACUGAAGGGAAAUAAAGCUUGUUUUGUUUAUGAAAUUUGAGCAGUUCUUUAUGGUUAUGGUGUAGAUUUUGUAUCAAAAUAGAUUUAGCAUAUGAGUAUAUUACAGGAUGAAGUGCUGCACAAAUCUGCGAAAUGUAUCCCAGUUUGAUCUAAGAGGAUAUCACUCUCAACCUUUUAACCUUUUUUCCCCCACAGUUUCCAGUUUAUGCUAUUCAGUGUGUAUUACAGUAUAUGAUUGUUUUUACUCACCUCUGCAGAUGUUUUAUUAUUAUUAUUAUUAUUAUUAUUAUUAUUAUUAUUAUUAUUAUUAUUAUUUCUAAGAGAGCUAAGCAGGUUAAGCAGCACAACACAGCACAACAAAACCAAAACCUGUGGUUCAAAUUUGACAGAUAAAACCAUUUCAUCCAUUAAAAUGGUUAUAUUUACACAUAAACAUUAGGCUUGUCAUGUAAGACAGGGACCAAUUGUUUUAGCUUACUUAAUAAAUUUAACACAACUCUAUGAACUCAGUCAAUUGUUGUACUGUUCAUCUACUUAAGCACUCGAACAUGUCAUUUCCUUUCCCAUAAUGCCUUUGGAAGAAUGUAUUGAUAUUUUUUCUGUUUUUUGAAUUGGUUGAAGUAAAAUCAUAUCUAAACCUGGCACUUUUCUCUAGUACAUUUAUAAUUCUUAUGUGGGUGAUAACUGUGUGUAAAAUAUGUACUGUAAAUUGAAAAUGAAAUGUUUUGAAAACAACAAAGGGCCAGGUGCAGUGGAUAUAUGAACCCAUUCCCUGGAAGCCUCGCUGUAAUUGGUGCCUCAGGGACUAUAGCAGGGGUGAGAGGGAGUCACCUGAAGGCCAUGUUGCUGUUUGCAACACAGCUUUAACGAGUGCCACUAUUCCCAGCUGUGUGUGGCAUCUGAAUGGAUGAAGACUUUUUUUUCUGUGGUGGUGGUAGUGGGCACAAAAGCAUGACAAAGAGGAUUCUGGGAAAUGCAGUGAAAGACAGAAGGCUUUCUGAGCCCUUUUGCCACCAUCUAUGGCAUAUUUCCAUCAGAGACAUUGGUUCAAUUUUAACAUUUAGAUAUGAACAUGGAAAGGAUUCAAUUCUGGAAGAAAUAAAUUGAGCAUACCCAAAUUUGAUGCCAUAUUUUGGACAUUUAUGGAAAAGCUGUGUAGUCAGACCUGUGUCGUCAGCGAAAAUGCCUGUAAAUCUUACCUGAUAGGAUGCAACUGUAAACAAUACACAAUGGGUUAGUGCAGCAUAUUCCACCUGGGUAACUCUUUUUUAUGUAUACUUUUCUGUGGAUUCUGCCCUUUUUGCCUAUAGUUCUUGGUAUUUCUAAUGGAUCAAUGUUAUUGAUGUCUACAAUUUUGACAUGAAAAUUGUGAUAGUCAGAUAUGUAAAAUCAGUAUUACUGACAAGGACAUAUUUUCUAUAUAGAAUUAUUUUUAAAAAAUCUUAUGAAUUGAGCAUUCAGUAAUGAAAAUUAUUGUUAUAAUAAUGUUUUAUGAUACAUUGAUGAUGUCCAACAGCACAUUCAUUAAACGGGCAAAAAUGGCACAAACAUGCACUGAUGAAAUAAAGCAUACUGAAUUA